CACCGAUCGAUGCGGCGCCAUCUUGGAUCGUCGGCGGGCUGCAUCUGCGCCCAACCGUAUAGUCUCCCCGUGCUCCGGUGGUGAAGUCUCCCGGGGACACGGACGCGCCGGCCGACAGGCUUGCCAUGACGACCCCGCUUGGCUGAGCGACGCUCAACGCUCAGGACGCCACCAUGCGGCAGCACAAGCUCAUCCCGGUGCUGCUGCUGCUGCCGUUGCUAGGCAGCUGGUCAGCCAUGGCUGACAUCAAGAUUGGCGGCAUCUUCGAGACCGGUGACGAUGUGCUCGAAAUGGCCUUCAGCUCGGCCGUGGACCGGAUCAACACCAUGGGGCUGGGCGAACCCGGCGCCCAGUUUGUCACCCCGGGUUCACGCCUUCUAGCCCGCGUCGAGCACACUGAGCGCCUCGACUCCUUCCAAGCAUCGCGCAAGGUGUGCGCUUUGCUCGAGGAAGGCGUGGCGGCCGUAUUCGGACCGCAGUCGGGCGAGGCCAGCGCUGCGGUUCGGUCGGCAUGUGCCGUGCUCGACGUUCCGCACAUGGAGACCCGUUGGGACUACCGCGUGAGGCCCGACAACCACUCGGUCAACCUGUUCCCACACCCGGCCGCCCUGGGAAAGGCGUACCUGGACUUCAUUAAGCACAAGGACUGGCGCACCUUCGCCGUCCUUUACGAGGAGAACGACGCGCUGAUCCGGCUGCAGGAGAUCUUGAAGGACCCGCUGAUGCGCGAGCGCAAGGUUGUCGUCCGCCAGUUCGAGCCGGGCGUCGAGUACCGCAAGGUGCUCAAGGACGUCGGCAAGAGCGGCAUCAAGAACAUCGUACUCGACGUGCCCAUCGAGCACGUCCACACGGCGCUCAAACACGCCCAGCAGGUUGACAUGAUGUCCGAGUACCACAACUACUUCAUCACGUCAUUGGAUGCCCACACAGUGGAUAUGGAAGACUUCCAGUAUGGCGGAACCAAUAUCUCGGCCUUCCGCCUGGUCGACACCAACGCCAAGGAGUUCGAUGAAGUGGCCCGGGACUGGAUGACGCGGCGACUACGCCAUGGACAGAAAGGCGAAGGCAACUUGUACCGGACGAAAGUUGCUCUCAUGUACGACGCCGUGCGGCUGUUCGCCACGGCACUUCGAGACCUGCAACCGAACAAUGGACCAAAGAUUCAAGUGCGACCACUUUCGUGCGAAACCGAGGAACCCUGGUCUCAGGGAAACUCUUUCGUCAAGUACAUGCGAAUGAUUAACAUUCAAGGUCUGACUGGUAACAUCAGAUUCAACCCCAAUGGCCACCGGACAGAUAUGAGGCUCACAGUAAUGGAGAUCACUCACAAUGGACUCCGUGAAGCCGGCGAGUGGACAAUGCAUGGCGGCAUCAACAUCACCACAAACUACUCAAGACAGCUGGAAGAGGCCCGCCUGCACCUCAUGAACAAGACGCUUAUAGUCACCACGCUCGUGCAACCCCCGUACACAAUGCUGAAAGAGAACCACCAAGAGCUGGAAGGCAACGCAAAGUACGAGGGCUAUUGCAUUGACCUGCUCGAGGAAAUCGCCAAGCUGCCGGACAUCAACAUCAAGUACAAGAUACGUGAGGUGGCCGACAAGGCACACGGCAGGCGUGAUGACAAGAACGAGUGGAACGGCAUGAUCGGGGAGCUGCUGCAAGGGAAAGCAGACCUGGCCAUCGCCGACUUGACCAUCACGUACGUACGCGAGGAAGUGGUAGACUUCACGAUGCCGUUCAUGAACCUGGGCAUCAGCAUUCUCUACAAGAAAGCGGACAAGAAGCCUCCCUGGCUCUUUUCCUUCCUGGCACCGCUGUCCCUGGAGGUGUGGAUAUACAUGUCCACGGCCUUUCUGGGCGUCUCCCUCUUUCUCUUUGUGGUGGCGCGGUUCAGCCCGUACGAGUGGGUGAACCCACAUCCGUGCGACCCUAGGCCCGCCGAGCUAGAGAACCGGUUCACCAUAUGGAACACCCUGUGGUUCACCAUCGGCUGCCUGAUGCAGCAAGGGUGCGACGUGACCCCACGUGCGCUGUCGACCAGAGUCGCGGCCGGCAUGUGGUGGUUCUUUACGCUCAUCAUGGUAUCAUCGUACACGGCCAAUUUGGCCGCCUUCCUGACCGUCGAACGACUCGUGUCUCCAAUCGAAAGCGUCGAGGACCUGGCUAAGCAGACCAGCAUCCAGUAUGGGUGCCUGCAGUCUGGAUCCACCCAGGCCUUCUUUAAGGAAUCCGAGUUUCCCACCUACAAGAAAAUGUGGCACGUGAUGCAGGCCGCACGGCCCAGCGUGUUUACCGAAUCCAACUACAAGGGCAUCGAACGAGUGCGCCGCGGAAAGUACGCCUACCUGAUGGAGUCCACCUCCAUCGAGUACGCCAUCGAGAGGAACUGCGAUCUCACCCAGAUCGGCUCGCUUCUGGACAACAAGGGCUACGGCAUUGCCACGCCGCCUGGGUCCCCGUACCGUACGAUGCUGUCCCAGGCGAUCCUGCAGCUACAGGAGAGUGGCACCCUGCACGUGCUCAAGGAGCGUUGGUGGAAGAAGCGGCACAUCGUCAAGAAGUGCCCGAAGGAGGAGGCAAGCGCGUCCAAGGGCACCUCGGCCCUGGGCCUGGCCAACGUGGGCGGCGUCUUCGUCGUCCUGUUGACCGGCUCCUGCAUCGCCUGCAUCACGGCAGUCGUCGAGUUCAUAUGGCGCUCUCGCAAGGCGCUGCCCGAAGAAAGGGAACCCGUGUGUAUGGAACUGUGCCGCGAGCUGAGGUUCACGCUGACCUGCGGCGGUAAGAAGCCCGUGCGCACCAAGGGCGACGACCGGGUGCCUCCGGGUGCUGGCAGCGGCGAGAACGGGCUGCCGUUCAUGCCUUUGACGGGCUACGGCGCCGUGGUCUCCAAGGACAGCUUCUCCUGACAGGACGAGCCCCGGGGCGCGCCCGAAGACAAGCUCAGCACCUGCUACCGCCCUGUCCGGGAUUCCCCUAGAAGCUACCGACCCGAGGACACCGUCGGUACCGAAGUCUAGACUCGAAGCCCUAGCGGCCACCGUUAGCCCCUCGACCUUCUCACUCUCUCUCCUAGGGUCUGUCGCGCGCCUCGCACUUUAUUUUUCAUUUAUCCUCGACGUUGAUCAUUGUGCACUGUUAAGUCUUGCCGCAGUAGUCUAAUGUCCUUCCAAGUUUGAAGUUACUAUGUAUGUAUCUUCAGCUGUCAGCGAGCACCCAGAAGCUUAGCUUCUUUUUGUUGGACUUUGGCGUUUUGAGUCCAGAGCUAGUGUCUGUUCAAGCAUACCUUACUUUUGGUGCGCUAUAAAAAUGUCUAUGUAGGCUAGUUCUUAAUCCCGGAAGACACGUUUACAGCAUCCUAGCCCAUACGGCAGGCGCCACACUGGCCGGACUAUUUGAUGUCGAGAGUUGCAUGCCAGGAUACAAAAAGGAAGCAUGGCGGGAAUGGCGACAUCAACUUGCACGGUUAAGUUCUGUUCACGCUUGCAGCGUGGCGUUCGCCGCCUUGGUCAGGUUCAACGAACUACGUGCAGAUGGGCACGUGCAGUUUGAGACGCUUAGCGUAAGACGUAUUGGUGCUGGAUGUUAGGGAUACCACCUGCGCUGUAGCAACAGGUCAGAAAUCCAAGAUUGUUUGACCAGGAAAUAUGCCGAACCAUUGACGAAGACAUUUGUUCUUACUUUAAGCGCGUUGCUUCAUUUAGCGCGUAUUGUUAAUUGUCAUCACUGUUGUAUACAUACGAAAGGAAAACACGUUUCUCGGAUUUGUAACAGGAUAUUUACGUGACUGACUUAAGACUUCAAGAAGAGCGGAAAGUCUCGUAUGCGAUGGAAUUCCCUGUUCAUUUGAUAGUGACAAGUUUUUCGUUUGAUGAUGUUUCCGAAAACAUUUCCCGGUGAGUUUUUAUCUUUAUUUUUUGCGAGAAGUAGCAGUUGCUGUCGCCCAAUCAAAGGAAGCUUGCAAUGCAGAAAAAAAACACGAGUGGUGCUUUGUUCUUCCGAAAACAUUGAUUAUAAUUAAUUAUUGCAUGCCUUCUUGAAGGUGAAGUCAAUUGAGACCUUUGUUUUAAAAAAAGGAGGGAUGACAGGGCAAAUUAACUGUCUUCGCACGCACCAGUGGAAUGGUACACGCACAGCCGGAGAGUUUGACAGAUGAGUUAGCUUCGGCGUACAUACGACAAAUGUACUUGGAGUGUUGAGGCAGCAUCUUUGCAGUUGUGUACGAGCACGUGAUAAGAGCCCGUCAUUGUUCAUAGGGGUGCUUCUUUCUCGAAAAUGUACACUGGAGGACUGUUUGACCAAUCACGCAUGGUCAUUUUUAUGUCUCGGCUAUAUGCCAUCAGGUUGUGCUGCAUGAUCUCUCUUUCAAUCGCUCAUUAAGUACAAUAUAUUUCGUGAGGCAGCAUUUUGUCGUUUUUUGCUUGUAGAGCUGAGACACAGUACAAUGAAGUGCUGCGCUCAUAAAAUGAGCAUUUUAAAAGCUUUGUUUUCACUUUCGUUUAAGUGACUUCGCCUGUGAUAGAUGAGGCCCUGAAAAAAAGCUAUGAUGACUGGCCCUUGCCAAAUGAAGUGUUGUAUCGGCGUUAAGCUGUUGCAGUUUACUUUCUUUAACGUAUCGAUUCAUUUUAGUUUACUUUUUUGGGUAGGUAUGUUAUUGAACGCAAGAUGCAUCAACUUUACGAAAUAGCGUGAAUAGACCGGUCCCUUACAUAUAUGCGUAAAUGACGUCUACAAGCUAUUAGCCGCCCAGUCGCGUUGAUGCCCUUUUAACAUCACGUGGAAGUUAUUUUUUCCAUAACUCGCUUGAACAAAAAAGAACCUUACGGCACAGGCAGACUAAGCUUUAGAUUCGUCUCAGCACGAACGCAAGAAAGACGACACGACACCUCAUGGCGCUUGCUUAUGUUUUUAAGGGUCAAGUGACACACAAGCUUGAUGUUAGAACACAAAUUCCGAUCUUGACUUUGCAAAUGGAAGUGGUCUGACAAAGGUUUGACAAUGAGUUAAAAAGUACAGAAACUCCGAGUCAGAGAACACCAUAGGUCUAAAAGCACGCCGAGUCUCAAAGUGGCCAAUUUAUCAUCAGAAGCGUCGCGGUUUCGUAUCGUACUUUUGAUUUACAUUCCGAAAAAUAUAAAAAAAUUAUUGCUACGUGUAAUAGUUCGAGCGUAGCCGCAUUUAUGUACCUUAUCGAGCUUGUUCGUGUUACUCGAGUUUCACACAAAGCCGUUAUGAUCGCCGUUCAUCAAGAAAGUACAGAAGGUGCUGUCUGUGUUCAUACUAAGCACUGACAUUGCUCAAGUUAAGCAUUACAAAAAUAUUUGGGGAUGCGUCCCGUGACAAAUAAAAAAAAAAUGUGGGGUGAAAGCUGCCACUUUCAUUCAUAUAUAUUUUGGCACAUUUUCUUAGCCUCUAAUUACGUUUUUCUUGUUUUUUCGUCUGUGGACUGUCCUUCUCUUGUCAGCGGAAGCAUAGCUAUUCGCGACGUUCGACUGGGGUAAAGUGUAAGUUUCAUUCAAGCAACAACGUGAUAAUAAUUCAGUCGUCUCGCAAUGUAGGUACUGUUACUUAUUUACAGUUGUAUAUUUUCUACACAAUCGUCCUUGUUCAAUGAGUGCUGAUGUUAAAUUUCUUUGUAACAAUUUAUUGAUUUUCCGACAUAUUUCGUCGAAGUUCAAGGCAUUGAGGUGCCUACAUGGUUGAUCGUAACAGGUUGUACCACUACAUGGAGCAAUAACAAAAAUGCUUCUUUGAAGCUCUGUGUCCUAAUUGCUGCGGCUAUAAGAAAAUCUGUGCUUACUUGUGUUUUUAGCUACUGCUUUUGAGGCUGGAAAGUGUUCUUAAUACCCGGCGAAAUUUCUCCGCGGCAUAAUACUAGGACUGCAUUUUGGAAAUAUUUCGCGACACAACGAUAUCUACGAUAUCCGUAUGUUCCUUCAACCAUCAUUGCAUUCGUAAAAAUGGGUGAUCAGGCGGCAAUUUUUUUUAUAUGUCUAACUGCUCGUUCCUGAACCUUCCUAAAAGGCACAAAUAACACUGGAGAGGUACGAGUUACACUUCAUUAUUGUGAAUGUCCCGUAGCUUGCGUUCCCAUGAACUUAUCAUGGCUAAAUGUAACCAUGACAAAUAGUGAGAACGACUGGGUUCGGUCACACCAGAUGUACGAGGCCUCAGAGACAAGUUAUAGCCCCGAAAAGUGUGCACAGUGUCGGAGUGCUUUCAUUUGUGUGAAUUCUCCACGUUCGAAAACGAAGGUAAACGAGCAGCAGCGUCAUUUCAGUGAAUUCAACGCCUUUGGGCAUCAGCGUUAGUAUGUUUUCCUUGCUCGUAUGAUGUUACACUUUCAUGUUUGUCCUGAAAGGAAGCCUGGAGUCUGGUAACGAUGUCUUCAACUGACAUUAUGUCCGCCAUAUGGAAGAACCACGACGCGAUGCCCAUAACCUAUGUUGUUGUCUUUCCCUCAUAUUCAGCAGCCUACUGCUAGCUUCAAGUUGCACCGAGUAUGGUGCUAGUGCUCUUACCUGGAAGCACACCUGUGUGUUUUCUUUUCUGAAGUGUUCUCGAAAACAAGGAUUACUGGCAGCUGGGCAGCAGCUUGUGGAUGUAAGGCAGCUGUUGGUGCUUGUGGAUCCACGCUGGACUGUACGACCAUGUUUUUUCUAGUUAUGGGUAUUUAUGCGGGAACUGAUACGACGUUGUUACAUGAGGAGCCUUGUUUAUCCUUGAGGUUUGGCGCAUUCAUUAAGACAUCGCACUCAACUGUUUCAUUGUUCGAAGGCAAUGCUUGCUGUAUGUGUUCACAUUCCUUUGCAUUUGCCUGUAAAUAAAGUUUUUCGUUCACUCCAA